CACACACACACACACACACACACACAGAGUCAGGCAGGCAGUCAGAUCAGGGCUUGUUUUAAUGCACACAACCAGGGGCACUCGGCAAGCGGGGCAAACAAUCAUGGAUUUCAAUAGAAAUUGCAGCCGAUGAAAAAACGCGCUUUCGAUGUGUUGACGCGGUGGUAAGAGUGACAGGCAUUGCUAGAGAAAGAAAACGAGAGAGAGAGAGAAAGAGAGAGAGAAAUGAGUGCCGAGGCCGGGCCUACUGCUGCAAACGCUGCUGGGAUUUUGCAGAGUCUCUUUCACAAAUUGACAAAAACUACCGCUUUAUGCGCGAACCUGAAGGACUUCCCGGUGGUUUUGUCGUGACCGAGACGUAAAUGGAUGGAGCCAUGACAACAUGAAUCAGUCAUACAAAGUGGCUGGCAAGGAUGGCACGGAGCGUCUCGGCGAUCCACGGGAGAUCAGGGCACUUGAUAGCCACGUCAGCUCCUGUGGACACCAGAGCGCAAAGCGACAGGGGGACCAGGGGUCUGCCAUGCGUUUCUUAAACACGGGCUACAAACUCUCAGCAUCAUCGUUUUCGUACGCCCCGAGAGAGUCCGCCACCGGAUACAGUCCGCUGAGAAGACUUCAGGACCUGACCACCAUGGUCAACCACGCAGACGUGAGUUUGCAGGACAAGGACUUUCACGGGCGCAAUAAAUUGCACAAUCCCGUCGGCGGUGGCGAGUUCGGAAUAGGUCUGUACCACACGUCCAAUUCCCAAGGAAGCGCUGACAGGGCCGCCCUUCAGGAUCUCGACAAGAAUGGGUUUUCUCCAGUAAGCUCGGAUAGCUUGGAACACUUUCCGUCCAUCCCCAAUGGAUUUUUGCAUUUCGAGUCGACGCUGUUUGACAGCGGGGAUAGUAAAGACGAAGAGGACGAUAAAGUGAUUAGGUUUAAAAGCGCAUCAACCAAGUGCCAGAAACGAGAUCUGUCCGAUUCGAAAGCCCUCGGCAGCCAGAGAUCGGACCCAAACGCAAACAAACAAGGAAACCUUGUUGAUAAAAAUCCCGUGCGGGCUGACGCCUCUGCCAGUCCCUCAAAGUUGCCGGUUGAGGUGAUGAUGGAGGAUUUUGAUAGUAUGGAUGACUUUUCAGACAGUGAUUGUGAUUUGCCCAGCACUGUAAACAACAAUGCUUCAUUAUUCAGCUCUACUCUCACUAAAAGAUCAAAUUCACCCAGUGACUCGCAUUCAAAUCUUUCCAACAGCCCAAAGAAGAGACAACUUCCAGGUGUAAAGUACUCUCAUGGAGAUCUGGUGUGGGCCAAAUUCAACCGCAGACCCUGGUGGCCCUGUCAAGUUACCAAUGACCCAUUGAUUGAAGUUCACUCCAAAAUGAAAGAUCCCAGUCGUCGGCCAUGUCGUCUUUAUUUUGUCAAGAUGUUUGGGGAGAUAAUAGACCAAGCGUGGGUCAUGGCAAGAGCUACGUUUCCUUUUGAAGGAGGUCAUCAGUUUGAAAAACUGCCGGUACUGAGGAGGAGAGGAAGGCAGAAAGAAAAAGAUUACAAAUACACGGUUCCCAAGCGUCUCAUGGCAUCAUGGAAAGCUAGCGUCUUGGAGGCAGAGGCGGCGCUCUCCAAACGGUUAAACGUUGAGCCCCCGUUGACCUUAAUUCAAGAUGUACACGCACCUGUUUCAGAAGACAAGGCACCAAAAAGUCCACCACCUACUACAUUACACACAAGCACACCUUUCUCCAAUGGACUGCAUUCAUCAAUAAAGAGCAUUGCCAAACCAAGCACUGGAAACAAAAAGAAGUCUUCCUCUACGAAGAAGAACAGCUCAGCGGUGAAAUCCAAGAGCGACUCUUUCUCCAAAUUGUUGUCAAACGCUUCAGACGACAACAGACUUUCUUCAGCUUCUGAAAAGUGUAAACCAGACCCUGUAGAUAGCCCUUAUUCAGAUAUCGACUCUGUCCCGAGGAUCCUUUGCCCCAAACGUUCGAAGGAAUCGCCUCUUAAAGAGGUGACGAAAGAAUCCAGCACUAAACCCAAGAAAGAUCAGCCGAUUAAGAAGACAAAGAAAGCCUGCUCGGACAAGCCGGUGAAGAAAAAAGAGACAAACGGUAAGAAUAAAAAGUCAACACCCAAAAACAAAACACUUAGGACCACAAACUCCAGACAGAAGGAAAUCGGUUCACCCGGAUCUUCGGACAGCUCUUUCGCCAUGCACUCUUUUUAUUUGCCUGCCAGCAGCGGCUUAAUGUCAAGAGCGCUCGCGGCCAGCGAAGAAAACGAUGAGAAAGACAUCGAACACUCGAAUCAGGAACUUCAAAAGCCGAAGUCUCCAGCAGGAGAAGACCGGUUGAGCUUUCACAAUAAAUGUACGUCACCCAACGAGUCCUCGAAACACCAAUGGCAGGUAAAAAUGGAGACCACAGAUGACUCCACAGAUGAAUCUUUGUCCAACACACCCCCGAACCCAACCCUCAUCAAAUUUACCAGAAUACGAAAAGAGAAAAAUGGCAUUCGGCUUAACAGAUUUGAAUGUUUUAAAUCUGAGGUCAAUCGAUCGCCCUCCAAUUCUGUUAAAAUAAAAAACGAGAGCGUGAUCUCGGACACGUCAUCUUUGUCUGCCCCGUCUCCGUCGAUCUCCCCCACGGAUGCUUUCCGAGAUACGAAGGAGCUUUCUUUCAGGUCUCUCGUCAAAGAAGAAUUUAACUCGAGAGAGCCGUCGCUCCGAGCCGAUUCAAAUUACAAAUUCAGCACUUUCCUCAUGCUGCUGAAGGACCUGCACGACACUCGCGAGAAGGAAGGAAAACCUUUGACGCUACCGCCCGCUUCUCCAUCCUCUCUCAUCAGGGAAGAACCUUCUCUCAUCCCCACCGGAGAAGACAAGUCGGCUGAGACGCUUUCUGAAAAGGAACGGAAGAGCGCUGGGGAUCAGAACGGUCAGGUGAAGACGUCAGCGCCGGUUAGCUCUAAACAAACCAAGGCCAAACCCAAAUUGUCAGUGAAAAAGGAAACUCAAAAACAAGAGGGUGCGAGCAAUUUAAUCUCACAAGUCAAGAAGCAGAACGCAUCAGAAGGUCCUGACGCAAAUGAAAAGGGCUCGCCUCUGUUAGCAGGACUCUCAAAUUCUUCUCCUAUUUCUGUUCCCCGUGUUUGUGGCGUGGGCACCGUCUCCAGAGUCGCACCUAAGAAACGAUGGCAAACGUUCCAGUCUAACAUCGGUAAAAGUCCCAAGCUGAAUGAAGAUGUCGUGCAGGUGUCCACCGAGCUAAACGGGGUCUUCACAGAAAGUCCUCAUGAAACUUCACAUCCUGACGUCACAGAUCAAAAAGAGAGUUCGGAAAACAAAAGACUUCGAAAACCAAGUAAGAGGUUGAUUGAAUGCAGUGAGGAGAGCUUUACUACAAAGAAGAAAACUAAACCCUCUAAAGAGUCCAAUAAAACUGGACCUGAAGGGAUGACAAACACUAACAGUGCACAAACAUCAUCAGAACAGAUUGAUGCUUUUAGUUCACCACCUGAAAACCCAUUUGAACGAUCCACACCAGAACCAUCAGAUAAUCACGCCUUAACUUCAACACCACUACCCGUAUCGCGUGAAGAAACAUCGCAGAACAAAGAGUCAAGUGAAAAGAAACCUGCACCCACAGAAAGACGACGACCACGUAAGCCAAUACAUCGGAUUCUGGACUGGACUUUAGAGGAAGAGUCUGCAAAAAUCCCAAAGAAAAGAGAGAAUAAACAACUGGGUGAUGCACAAGAGGACUCGGUUAUCAGAGAUUUGCAGGAAGCGCCUGAACGUUUGUCAUUAAGUCCAGCUGCUGUGUCAGCUGUAGCACAAUGUGAAGAUGAAAUAAAAGCAUCGUCUCCAAUCCAGCACAACACCUCGAAUGUCUGUCAAACCUCACUGGAUGAAGGAGAAUCCAGUCCAUCAAAGCCUCAAACCAACGAUGAGGACACUUUCAUCUCUGAGGUUUUUGGUGCAGGACUCAAUGACAGCGCUUUGUCAAGCAGAGAUUCCUUAUCAGGUGACUUGGGACUGUCGACCAAUAGAAAGUCAGGAGAGAAGGGUGGUGGUGCGUCAUUAAAGGAGAAUGUUUGCCAGGUAUGUGAGAAGACCGGUGAGCUGCUCCUCUGUGAAGGUCAAUGCUGUGGUGCCUUUCAUCUGCAGUGCAUCGGCCUCACUGAGACACCUAAAGGGCGCUUUAUCUGCCACGAGUGCAAGACGGGUGUGCACACGUGUUUUGUGUGUAAAAAGCCUGAUAAAGAGGUCAGGAGGUGUAUGAUCCCUGUGUGUGGAAAGUUUUACCACAUGGACUGCAUUAUGAAACACACGCCCACCGUCGCUCAAAAUCGUGGCUUUCGCUGUUCCCUACACGUCUGCCUCACCUGCUACAUCACAAACCCCAACAACCCUGGCAUCUCUAAAGGUCGAUUAACCCGGUGUGUACGCUGCCCUGUGGCCUACCACGCCAAUGACUGCUGUAUGGCUGCUGGCAGCGUCCCGUUGGCCAAUAACAGCUUCCUGUGUCCCAACCACUUCACUCCACGCAAAGGAUGUAAAAACCACGAGCACAUUAAUGUCAGCUGGUGUUUUGUAUGUUCUGAAGGAGGAAGUUUGCUCUGCUGUGAAUCCUGUCCUGCUGCUUUUCAUCGUGAAUGUCUGAAUAUUGAGAUGCCUCAAGGAAGUUGGUACUGUAAUGAAUGUCUGGCGGGAAAGAAACCUCGCUUUAAGGAUAUUCUCUGGGUGAAAGUGGGCCGCUACAGGUGGUGGCCCGCUGAAGUGACUCAACCAAAAAGCGUUCCCGAGAAGAUCUACCGCAUGAGGCACGAGGUGGGCGAGUUUCCUGUGCACUUUUUCGGCUCCAAAGACUACGUGUGGACGUACCAGGCCCGAUGUUUUCCCUACAUGGAGGGGGACGCCAACAAUACGGAGAAAAUGGGAAAGGGUGCAGACGCCACCUACAAGACAGCUUUAAAUGAAGCAGCCGAUAGGUUCAGAGAACUACAGGCAGAAAAGGAAAUGAGACAACUUCAAGAAGACAGAAAGAACGACAAAAAACCUCCUCCGUACAAACACAUUAAGGUGAACCGCCCUAUCGGAAAAGUGCAGAUCAUCACGGCGGAUCUGUCUGAGAUACCGCGGUGCAACUGCAAGGCCGAGGAUGAGAAUCCGUGCGGCAUCGACUCGGAGUGCAUUAAUCGCAUGUUGCUGUACGAGUGUCAUCCUCAGGUGUGUCCGGCAGGUGAACGCUGUCAAAAUCAGAGCUUCACCAAGCGCGAGUACACAGAGGUGGAGAUAUUCAGGACGCUGUCGCGUGGCUGGGGUUUACGUGGUGUAAGAGACAUCAAGAAGGGAGCGUUCGUGAGUGAAUACGUGGGAGAGGUUAUUGAUGAAGAGGAGUGUCGCACCAGAAUCAAACAAGCACAGGAAAGUGAUAUCUGUAACUUCUACAUGCUCACACUGGAUAAGGAUCGUAUCAUUGAUGCCGGGCCAAAGGGAAACCAAGCGCGUUUCAUGAACCACAGCUGCCAGCCGAACUGUGAGACUCAAAAGUGGACGGUGAACGGAGACACGAGAGUCGGGCUGUUCGCCUUGGAGGACGUCCCCACAGGUGUGGAGCUCACUUUUAACUACAACCUGGAGUGUCUGGGAAACGGAAAGACUGUUUGUAAAUGUGGAGCAUCCAACUGCAGCGGAUUCCUUGGUGUCAGACCUAAGAAUCAGCCCUCGUCUGAUGAUAAAACCCGGAAACUGAAGAAGAAAGUUGGAGCGAAACGUAAGAGUCAGUUAGAGGUCACCAAGGAAAGAGAAGAUGAAUGUUUUUACUGUGGAGAUGGAGGACAGAUUGUGUCUUGUAAGAAACCCGGCUGUCCCAAAGUCUACCAUGCUGACUGUCUGAAUCUGUCCAAGAGACCUGCAGGUCGCUGGGAGUGUCCAUGGCAUCAGUGUAAUGAGUGCGGUAGAGAGGCGGCGUCUUACUGCGAGAUGUGUCCCAACUCUUACUGUAAGCAGCAUCGCGAGGGGAUGCUCUUCAUCUCCAAACUAGAUGGCAAACUGUCCUGCAGUGAACAUGACCCGUGUGGUCCCGAUCCUCUUGAGCCAGGGGAGAUUCGAGAGUACGUGUCCAGCCCUCCCGUCCUACACCCACCUCCCAACACGCCGGGCAGGAUACCCCAAACGACGCUUCCGCCUGCCGCUCCGCUCUUCAUCCCUGCUCCUAACAGACCUGUGUUCAAAGCUCAAAGAGAGCCGUACGACGACGAGAUGGACGGUGUGGUUUUGCCAUCCUCGUCUCCUAGUAAAGACAUCAAGGAGGAAGAUGUUAGCGAUGAAGGGGAGGUGGUAGAGGGAGUCAUAGGAGAUGAGGGAGAAGACGAAGGCCUUGAGGUUGUAGAUGAUGAUGAUGAUGCUGAUGAGGAGGAGGAGGAGGAGGAGGAGGAGGAAGGUAUGGACUACAGAAGCUUGGGAUUUGAGGAUGAGGGGGAAGAGGAGGUAGAGAGGGAGGAGGAGGAGGAGGAUGAGGAUCACUGGGAAGAUGAAUGCGUAGAUGAGGACUUUGAAGAUCCUGAGGACUUAGGAGAAGUGGAGGAAACAUCGUGGGACGAGGUCAUCGAAGGAGAAAAGUGAAUCCAGCGUCAUUUUGCUAAACAUACAUUUCAUGCACAGAAAAACACUCUCGCUUGUGAGCACAGUGGACGAGCGGUAACGGUGAAGAACGGGAAACAUAAACUGCCAUUUAUCCAGACGGAUACACAACUUGAAAAACGAUGGAAAUGUGUAGCUUGCCUUCUCAGUCCAAGUCCUCUUUGAAAAGUAGACAGAGAGGGUUGGACCCCUGGUGCUGUGGGACUGUGUCUAACUCUGUCCUGUUGUGGGUUUAUUAUUCAUGUCUGGUGCUCUUUUGUGCAUUUGAUUUCCUUCUCAAACUGUUUACAUUCUCUUAAACUCUGAUCCGAAUACAUUGGAUGACCUCAUGGAAGGCAGAAAUGGGACGGCACCACAGAAACUUAAGAAGCAACACUUAGAUUAUCUGUGACAAACAGAUGUUGAUCAUGCUGUUAAAAGAUCUCUCGUCAUUUGUUUAUUUAUAGUUUCUAAUAAAAGAAACAAAAAAUGUUAAUGCUUCCACUUCACACCAAUUUGGCUUGAAAUUCCACCUGGGGUUUUUUGUCAUGUUUUCCUCUAAACUGACCUACGUGAAGUAGGGUUCAUGAUUUAAGCUUAAACAGCCGUUUUCAGCAAAAGCUCAUCAUCGGUGACGAAAGAGUCCAGAGUUUUUGUAAAUUGAUGUCCUGCUGCAGGGUUUGAGGCUUUUAGGAAAGAUGACUUUGUGCUUCUUAGAUGUUACAGGACAACGUUUACAUUUCUGCUUUGCCAAGUUACUGAAAUUCAAUGACCAUCUUGAAAUACGAUCAGGUGCCUCACUUCGGUAGCUCUUAAUCAUGUUUCUAGACCACGUUAUAAACCUGUGGAUUCUGUUCUUCAGGUAUGUUUGAUGUUUAUUUGUGUGUCUGUGUGAGCGGGUGAACUUUAAAAGGCACCUAUGGAUGUUUUGCACUCUUUCAGAGUUGAGGAGGAAUCUCAAUCAUGUUUUCAUAAAACCCAUAAUAGAGAAACCAUUCACCCUUCAUAUUAAAUACAGGUGGGGUUUUUUAUAAAGCCUUGAUUGAAAUGCACAUGUAUCAGGGCAUUUAUGUCUAAGCGCUGAGGUUAAUGUGAUGCGAGAAAGCAUCAGACUCCAGUAAAUGUUCACGUUACACAUGCAGAAACAUUUAAGGGACGCAGAUGACUCCUUAAACCAGAAUAUUUACUUCUGUCCCUGUUUUCCCUCAACAUCUUUGUUUCUCAUAGACUAGUUGCAAUGUCAUUUAGAUGUUUUAAAAUCAUUUCUCAUACUAUCACUAUGUUUAAAAAAAAUUGAAAGCACCUUUUUGUUUUGCAAUAUUCUGCACCAAAUCCUUAUUUGAGAAACUUCUCUUAUGUAGGAAAACAUUAUUUUAAGGAGAUGGAUUUUUAAAAAAAUUUUUCAUGACAUCGACAUCUUUUGUACUUCUCUCUUCAUAACUCUGUAUGUAAGUCGAGCUUUUCUUUUGUAUUUAUGGUCCUGGUGUAAUCUCUUGGUUUUGUGUUUCUUGUCUUUGAUGAAUCUGCUGCUGUGCUUCAGCACACUCAGGCCCUUGAUACAUGAAGAGAUGCAGAUGACCGCUUCCUGAGGACAAAAUGUUUAGAGACCCAUGAUUUUUUUACUGUACCUUGUGCAUAAUAAAUAUUAUAAGUGAAAUUUUACA